GGUAGACGUCGCGUGGCCAGAGAGCCCACCUCCCUUCUCGCGAGAGCGGGGUCCAUUUCCGCUUCCGCUUCCUUGCUGGUGAAGAAGAAAAGAAGAAAGCCGAGGAGAAGGAGUCUCGCCCGCUUGAAAAUGUCAGCAGCUGAUGACUUUUCGCUGGCAGACGCUCUCCCGGAUAGUUCUCCUGCCAAGAACGCCUCUGUAGGCAGCGCAAAACCUGCUGGCCAGCCCCCCCAAGCCUGGCCGGGUUCCAAUCCCUGGAACAACACUCCUAGCGCUCCCCCUGCAGCUCCGUCCGGAUUGCCUCCAAACACAUCCACCUCCAACGUGCCCUUUGGACCACCUCCCACGGGAAUGUAUCCUUCCCUGCCCCCUGGAGCACCCGUCCCUUUCCCUCCCCCUGGGUCUGCUUGCCCCCCUGGCAGUCCCUACCCACCCCCAGGUCCCGCCCCACCAGGGCAAUACCCUCCACCAAACAUGCCCUUUCCAGAGCUGCCCCGACCAUACGGGGGUCCGACAGAGCCAGCUGCACCCCCUCCGGCUGUAGGGCCUUGGGGGUCCAUGCCGGCCGGAGGGUGGGGUUCCACUGUUGGGGGUCAGUAUCCUGCUCCCAGUGUGCCGUAUCCUCCCCCGGGGCCCUAUUCUGCUCCGACCCACACACCAGGAGCUGCUCCGACAGUGCCGUGGGGAGCCGUCCCUCCGGGACCUUCGCCUCCAGCCCCCUUCCCCCCACCCACAGGCUCCUAUCCGGCUCCAGGAUUGUACCCUACGCCGCCUAAUCCAUACCAAGUGCCACCCGCAUCUGCCGGAGCUCCGUCCAUGCCUGGUGGUCCCCAUCCUUACCGUUGAGGUGGCGGCGUCAGGCUCCUGAAGUAAGCUCUCCCCACCUGCUAUUUACAGAGAAUUUUUAACAGUUGUUUUUGGUAACCUUUUGGAGUCUGGAAGAGCACGCCCACCUUCUGCGGUCCGUCUGAGGUGUGAAGGAGCACUGUGUGUAAGCCGGACUCUGUUCCAAUGGUGAAAUACGUCUUUUUGUUUGUCUGUCGAGAUGAAUUAGGAGAAACACGCCAAUUGCCCCAGUUCUGCAAUCCUUGCUUGAGGGAGGAUCCUUCCUUGGGAUAAAUGGGUGUUGGCCCUGCAAGGAAGGACAACUCCGGAAUAAGACCAGGGACCUAACGAAACCUGGGAAUCUUUGCCAUAACUGCUUCAUCAAGAAUGGACUUGCAGGCCUCACCAGAGUGAUAACCCCUUCUGUGUCUUUGUUUGUUCAGGUGAUUUUCAUCAUUUAAAUAAACUCAGUGUGUUCUGGAGACCUCUGUAAAGAAAUGGGCCGGACACAGUACAACCAUUUGUCAGAUUGAAGGGAAGCAAGGCAUGUUAACGGGGAACCAAUUUUCAGCAUCCGCCUCAUUUCCCUCUCUACUCUUGGGAAGUAAUUGCAAAGAUAUUUGGGACUUUAUUCCUAUAUACACAUUUGUGCAUUGUCUCACGAGUCAAUUUAGGUGUUCUAGAAGCUGCCGUAAAUCUGAGCUGUGAGGUUUGCCAAAAUGACUUAGACUUUGUACAUUUCAUAAGCCAUUUCAGAAUUAAAAUCCAUGUUAAAUGUGAAACUUAAGGAUUUUAGCUUGACUGGUGAGACCUUGAAAGCGUUUUGGUUGUCUUGUGUGUUUUAUUCCUGCAAACUGAAGUCCUGUAUUGAAGUGUUUCAUCUUGGAGAGGGUUAAGAAACAUGAUCAGAAAUAUAUUUUCUUGCCCAGCACUCCAGAACCUUGGACAUGUCCUGCAUCGCUGUUAUCCUGCUGUGGUAUUAUGUAGAGCUCCAUAGACUGCAAUUGGACACAGAGUUUAAUCUAGGACUAAUAAUCAGGAAAGUGUCUAGUUGGGCUUAUUCUCAGAUAAUUUCUGUUUAAUUGUGCCAUUCAUGGGUGAUAAACACGAGUCAGUUCUUGCUUAUGGAUUACACGUACAUCUGUGCAGACUUUUGAGAGCACUAAACCUCACUUGGGAUAAAGAGCUGGGUUUUUUAAAAAAGCAGUUGGCCUUAUUAAAGCCUUUUUUCAAAACAGCUUUAAUGCUUAAUUUAGUAAUCUGCAAGAGCAAGAAUUAGCUCUGGUCCAGCUGAUGUGUGUAAAAUUCUGUCUGGUGCUCUCAGAUCUCAUAGCAAAAAGACUAUGGGCCUGUUUUUCGAAGCCAGUUUUGUCAGAAAGAUCUGUUGAGAAUUGCUAUUUCUCUUCCCAGUAGUUGAUGGGCUGAUUUAGCAGAACGCUAGGGUUGAAUAUGCCACAAAAGAAACUUCUGUGAUAGUUAUACGGCCAUUUAUUUGGAGUGGAAUUAAAACAUUGAGCAGAAUUUAUUACAUGGAGAUGAAAAAGUUUUCACAGUCAGUCCCUGGGCAAAUUUGGGCUGUCUGUUUACCUUUUGCAUGUCUCCCCACUACCAGAACCACUUCUUCCUUCUCUUGUAAUGCUGUUGCAUUGUCCCAGAGUGUCAAAGCACAGAUAUUGUGCUCCUGGGAAGAGGCAAGUGUCUUUCAGAAAACAUUCACAAUAAGUUUGAAAUGCAGUCUGCAACAUGCCUGUGCCUCUCACGAGCAACCACUUGUGGCAAGUGCAACUCAUCACAUCUCUGCAGACAUGGAGGACGCCAAAACCACAACACUUUAAAGCAGUCAUGGGCAAACUUCGGCCCUCCGGGUGUUUUGGACUUCAACUCCCACAAUUCCUAACAGCCGGUAGGCUGUUAGGAAUUGUGGGAGUUGAAGUCCAAAACACCCGGAGGGCCGAAGUUUGCCCAUGACUGCUUUAAAAUAUAAUCCUGCCUCUUUCAAUUUCCCGGUUUGUCCCACAUAGAGACAGUACUGCUUUCUCUUCUCCUUGACUGAAAUAUUUCUUCCUCCCCAUGUCGCUGGACCUCAUUGAACUUGACUCUGGGUAUUUAAAUAUAUAUAUAACAUAUGGAAAUUUUAAUUCAGCUUGGGGUACUUUGGCCAUAGAAGAACCAUAGGAAAACUUGUUUUUAAUUCAUCCUAAAUUGGAGUAAACGCAUCCAUUAUUUGCCACUGGUGUAUUUUAUACAAGGAUGGGGAUAACUUUGCUUCUAGGACUGCUUUGGAGUUGAUGUUGACAGUUCUAUAUAGAAGUUGAAAUUUCUGGGAUAAAAGUAUUGUGUGAAAAGAUGACAUAGUGCAUAUCAUAGAUCUGUCUUCUAAGAUACUUUCCUGUAUAUUUCUGUCUGCUAUACAGGCAGUCCCUGAGUUAUAAAUAUAAAGUGAGAGAAAUCUACUCCUUGGCAAUUCACUCCUGAAUGAGUUAUAAUGGGGAAAAGGCUCUCCACUGAAGCUUUCUCACCUAUUGUAGUUAAAAAAUGUAUCUGUUCCGACUUGCAAACAAAUUCAAAUUAAGAAUUAAUCUAUAGAACCUGUGUUGUUCGCUACGUGGGAACUGCCUGUAUAUAAAUGGAACAUUUUGUGAAUGAGACUUAGAGCAUAUUACUUUUUCCAACCAAAGUUCAGGAUACAAACAGGUUGGAUUUAUUGGAUUAAUCUCAAUCUGUUGUUUGUCUCCAUCAUGAGGCCAGCCUGUUAUAAAAGUACAGGAGGCACUUAAUCCUGGGCAGAAAGACAAUAUGAUAUGUGUCUACUCAGAGAUAGGUGCCAAUUGGGUUCAGUUACUCCCAGGUAAGUGGGCACAACAUUGCUCCUGAAGUCAGAAUUACGGUUUAUCCUUCUGCAUAGACAAAGGGCAAAACCAUUCCAAGACAAGUGGGAUCAUGUAUGUGCAACAGAUGCACUUUCAAUGCGUGCCGUGUUUGAUGGAGACGAGUCACUUCCAGUAAGUGAAUUUAAUCCAAGCAGUCUUCCAGGCAGCACACUUUGGCAUGUAAACAACAUAAAAAUAGUUCUAAGAAAAGCCAGAUCCUGUGGUUGUUGAAAUGUGUGCAAUGCUUAUAAUUCUGGGAUGGAUUAAAGAACUAAACAGGUUAUUCAGCCUUCAGCUUUGUUCUCUGCUCUUGAACCCUGUGACUUCAAGGUAUUGGCUUUAAAGUGGCCCAGUUCUGCCUCCUGCCUUUUCGUUGCUUGCUAGAAAAAAGCAACCAAAACACAGCCCUGCUUGCUUAAGGCAUUAGUUAUAUGUAACUGUUUGCUGAAGGCCUUUAGGCCAUCUAAAAAGUAACUUUGGUUCCUGUUCUGCGUCCGCAUAGUAGAAGAGAAGGGCAAGGUACAGCCAGGUUUCAAUGACAGAUAAAAUUCAUGUAUGAAAAGCAAAGGGCUUUUGGAAAAACAUGGAGCUUACUGCCAACUCGGCAUCUCUGCUUGGUAUUACGUGAUGUUAUGAGGAAAGCUUGACUUCUUCUGUCCCAUUUAGACAACUUCUCCCCCCCAGAAAUCGUGAGGUGCUUCCCUUGCAACCAAGCAAUUGUGGGACGUGGCUGUGUAUUAAAAAGACAUUUUAAACCAUUCUGUCCCAAGUGUGAGCCUGAAUUCUGGGCCUGAUGCUUGUUAACGCAAUGAAAUCCGUAUUGUUCUUCUUGUGUUCUUUGUGAGUAAAAAACUGCUGAGAAGUUUGGGUUGGUUUUUAAAAUAUAUUUCUGUUUUUGGCUUGUGCUUCUGGGGUGGAUAUUUAACUGCAUUUUGUUUACAACAUGGAAUUAUUAAGCAAUCACACUUCUGAAGGCAUAGACCAUAUCACUUGCUGCUGUAUUCGUUUUGUUUUCCUUUCUAGAUGACAAAUAUUUGCUGUAUGAUGGUAGUGAAGAGGCUUUAAAUACAGGAUUUGAUAUUUUUUUGAAAAUACUGUCACUUUUUGUAUACAGUUAGACAUUAAACGUAUUUUCAAGAUGA